CCCAACGGCAAGAAGAGUAUACAACUCCACAUCACUGUUUUUCGGUUUUGCGCAAUUCAAAUGGGGAUAAAGGGGUUGACGAAGCUGUUGGCGGAUAAUGCGCCCAACGCCAUGAAAGAGCAGAAUUUCGAAACCUACUUUGGCCGGGAAAUUGCAAUUGAUGCUAGCAUGAGCAUAUACCAAUUCCUUAUUGCUGUUGGAAGACGCGGUACUCAAACACUUACUAAUGAAGCUGGCGAAGUCACAAGUCAUUUACAAGGGAUGUUGACAAGGACAAUCCGACUUUUGGAAGCUGGAAUCAAGCCUGUCUAUGUUUUUGAUGGUACACCUCCUGAUUUGAAGAAAGAAGAGCUUGCAAAGAGAGUAUUAAAAAGGGCUGAUGCUACCAAUGACCUAAAUGAUGCACUGAAGGAAGGCAACAAGGAGGAUGUCGAAAAAUAUAGCAAAAGAACAGUAAAAGCCACUAAUCAGCAUUAUGAGGACUGCAAAAAACUUCUUAGGCUUAUGGGUGUGCCUGUGGUUGAGGCUCCUUGCGAAGCAGAAGCACAGUGUGCUGCACUUUGCAAAGAAGGCAAAGUGUAUGCUGUUGCCUCUGAGGAUAUGGAUUCCCUGGCUUUUGGGGCUCCCCGAUUUCUCCGUCAUUUGAUGUGUCCUACCUCCAAAAGGAUCCCUGUGGUAGAAUUUAAAGUGUCAAAGGUUUUGGAAGAAUUGAACCUUACUAUGGAUCAGUUUAUUGAUCUUUGCAUACUCUCUGGUUGUGAUUAUUGUGAGAGUAUUAAAGGGAUUGGAGGGCUAACUGCUUUGAAAUUAAUCCGCCAGUAUGGCUCACUAGAGCACAUUCUUGAGAACAUAAAUAAAGAAAGAUACCAAAUACCAUUUGAUUGGCCAUAUCAGGAUAUGCGAAAGCUCUUUAGGGAACCAUCAGUUUUGACUGACUAUGAUAAACUUGAGCUAAAGUGGACAGAUCCAGAUGAAGAAGGUCUGGUCAGAUUUUUGGUAAAUGAGAAUACUUUCAACAUAGACAGAAUAAGUAAGGCAAUUAAAAAGACCAGAACUGCCAUGCACAAGUUGCCCCAGAACUGGUCAGAAUCACAUUCCAAACCAGUUGGUAUCUCUCUACCUGCUAAAGUGGAGGUUGCUAGAUGCAUUCUUGCAGUUCCACGGCGAGCAAUGAAGCCGGUGAUGCUCCCGCUUGGAGCAUCCCGCUUGGAGCAUCCCAGGCCUAAGGGUGUUGUCUGCAUGAGCCCCCCACCUGUGGGAUAUGCACACAAAGCACUCCAUGCACAAAAUUUAAAAGUUUAGCAGUGCAAACUUCACGAUUAACCUUAUGUGCUAUAACAUCACUUUGCUGUGAUUGAAUUUAAGUUAAUAGCAGUAGUAUGUCUAGAACUUUUUACAGGCAAAAGUUGAUCCGGUCCUAACAUGGAUGACCCUAGUUUAAA